UCUCCACUAUGCCAAUACUUCUGAGAUCAAAACGAAAAGGGGAGAGGUCAGUAAGUCCUUUCUAAACCCUGCUCUGAUAUGCACAUGGGAAUUACAAUAUAUCCCAUACACUCGUGGUCACAAGAAGGUCGGUUAUUUUUGAAUCGCCGCACCCGUGUGCAAAGAGGAGGGAAGCAAGAUCAGAUUCCAAAAAGAAGGCAAAGACGGAGAGUGAGAGCGAAAGAGGGAUCUUCCUGAGGAACUGCCUUCAGUCAAUUAGACAGCGGUUAACAAUACAGAAUAAACUAAGUGGAUCACUAUGAAGCUCAGUGUGGCCCUCUUCUUCGCCGGGGUAUUUGGAGCUCUCGGAGUUCUACUCUUUUUACUGGCUUUCGGCACAGAUUACUGGCUGCUGGCCACUGAAACAUGUCCCUCCGUCCGAAAUAGAACGGCUUCAAUCUCUGCAGAGGGAGAUAAAGUUGGUGCCACAUUUCAUCAUGAGGGCUUUUUCUGGAGAUGCUGGUUUAAUGAAGCAGUAGCCGAUAACAACAUCUGGAAGUUCUGGUUCACUAAUCAGCCUCCUUCAAAGUACUGUAUGCACACCUACCUCCUCCCUUUCCCUCUGACAACAGAAUCAUUCAACUCCACUGCUUAUGAGACUGCAAUUAUUUACCGUGGUUUCUGGUCAGUAUUCAUGAUGUUAGGCGUUAUUGCUGUCACAGUAGGAGGCUUCGUCAUCAUCUGUGCAGCUCCAUUUUCUAAUCAUAAGCUCUACAAAGCGGGUGGUGGACUAUUCCUGACUGCCGGUAUUAUAUUUACAGUACUUGUUGUUAUGUAUGUCAUCUGGAUCGAAACAGUUAUUGAUAUUCAAGCGUACAUUCAGAAGCAAAGAAUCCAGCUCUGUCCUGAUUUUGCACUAAACGUUCAGUAUGGAUGGUCUUUCAUAGUUGCACCUAUUGGGAUAUUCUUCUCGUUGUUCUCAGGCUUGCUGUUCCUCCUCGCAGGCCACACCAUUCACAUUCAUUAUGAUUAAAAGACAACUUUUGGUUUGCUUUAAAUAAGUAGAAAUCAAUGCUUUUGAUGUAAACAGUUUGACAAAUAUGCACAUUGGAAAUGAAAGUUCAUUCAUCUAAUGUUUAUAUUUCCAAACAGUAUUUUGGUUAUUUUCUUCAUAUAGUAUAUAGCUUUUGUCCUGUAAUUAUUUGGAAGUAUGCCUAAAAGUGAAAUUGUUGUUUGAUGAUAAAUCAAAAAUAACCACAAACCAAAUGUUUUAAAGUCUUGCAGUGUUAGGUUUUAACUUGUAAUAAUUAUCCCAUCCAACUUGAUGCAUAAAGAGACAGCAUUGUUUUGCUUAGCAAUUUUUAAUGUAUGUACUGCUGCUACCCUAAGGAAUUAAUUUUUCUUGAUUUCUCCUAACACAAAUAUAAUGCAAUAACUGCAAUAGUUUAAAGAGUUCAGGAAAUUUAGGGGUGAGAUUCAGAGUGUUGAUAUUGUCUUUAAUGUCUAAUGAUACCAGGAGCAAUGUUGGUGUGCAGAUUGAACCAGUUACCCAUUGGUUGUGGAGUUUACCAAUAAUCUAUAUUGGUUUGUGAUGUUGGUAAUUAAAUUAUGAAUCAGCCAUGAAAGCACCAAUUAAACUCAUUGACUGAUGCCAGAUGAAAUUAAAUGGGCGGUGUUUCACAUUUUGAUCACUUAAUCCUUUUAUGUAGGUGUUACCUACAUGUAAACCCAAAACUGGUGUUUGUGGAAUAAACCAAUUGCUAAAUUUAGCAAGAUGAUAGAGCAAUGAACUUUUUGCUUUAUUGUUUGGUUGACUUGGAGGUUCGAAUGGGUGAUUGCCACAUUUCAAAACAAAGGGAAUUUCCUGUGCCAACGCAAGAAAUAUCAAAGUACAGAUCAUACAUGCAAGCGAUCAUACAAGCUUGCAGUCACAGAAAGCACGACACAGUUUUGUACAUGAUGAUUGUUGGAUACAAUAAAUGUGUCACAGGA